ACGUAGUCUCGGGUCGCUUUUAAAAAAAAGUUGAACUGUUUUCAACUUGACACGCCCUUUUAAAAACGCGACGCAAUGGCGAAAGGCUCAUGUAUCUAUAGAAUGCGUUUUGCGUUCGUCUGCGCUGUUUUUCCCAUUUGUUAAACUAUGUAAACAUGCGCUAGGCUAAACGGACGCCGCAUCUCCCUUUUUAUGCGUCUCUUGCAUGAGCACCGCGUUUUUUAGACGCAGCUCCAAGUUAAGAACUUUAACUGUUAAAACGUCUCUCGAGACACAUGCGUUCGUGGCACUGCGUCUGGCUUUUUUAGCGCAAGGAUGCGUUCGGUGUGAACGGCCCCUAACAAUAAAAUAGCGCCAACUGAACGCUUGAACGCGUACUGUGUGAAGAUUCUAGUUUUGAAGCCUCGUGGCGGUGUAGACGCGGUGUUGGUGUGAUUUUGUGUUUGUUGAUUUAUUUCCUCUUGUGUUCCAGUGAUCGAGAAUGAAUCAGACCGCAGGUGUCACAAACACCUACAGAAGAUGUUCGCAAGGAGGAAAAGAGCUGGUGGGCAGUAACCCUCCGCAGAGAAACUGGAAGGGAAUAGCGAUCGCACUGCUUGUUAUUCUGGUCAUCUGCUCUCUGAUCGUCACCUCUGUCAUUCUUUUGACUCCAGGUGAGGAUGAUAGCCUGGCAUUUAAGGGAAAAGUGACAGUUGAAGAAAUCUUCAAGAAGGACUUCAAGGUUCACGACCCAAACGCUAAAUGGAUCAGCAGUAAUGAACUCCUGUAUCGUACCCGUGAUGGCGAUGUGGUUCGCUUUAACAUGGACACCAACGAGAGUACAAUCCUGGUGACCAACAGGAAGUUUGAAAUGUACAAAGCCAGCAUUUAUGAGGUUUCCCCAGAUAUGAAACUCGUUCUGUUGGCCUACAAUGUUCAGCCGGUUUACCAGCACUCAUUCACUGCGGACUACAUCAUUUGCAGUCUGGAAACUCCGGAAACAUGGAUCCUGAACCCUCCAGAAGUGCGAAACGCUCAUCUGCAGUUUGCAGGUUGGGGGCCACAAGGCCAGCAGCUGAUUUUUAUAUUUGAGAAUAACAUCUACUACCGAGCCACUGUGGAGAACAGAUCCAUCCGUUUGGUUUCAACUGGGAAGGAGGGUGUGAUAUUGAACGGUCUGAGUGACUGGCUUUAUGAAGCGGAGAUCUUUAAGUCCCAUAUCGCCCACUGGUGGUCUCCGGAUGGAGCCAGACUCGCAUACGCCACCAUCAAUGACACGCUGGUGCCCAAGAUGGAGCUUCCAAUGUUCACUGGCUCUUUGUACCCUACAGCGAGACAGUAUCACUACCCUAAGGCCGGAGAGGAGAACCCAGUCAUCUACCUGUAUGUGGUGAAUCUCAACGGUCCUCUGCACACCAUUGAGAUGAGAAAACCAGAUGACCAGAGAAUAGGAGAGUACUAUGUGGCAAUGGUUAAAUGGGCCACAAGUACAAAACUGGCUGUAAACUGGUUGAACCGAGCCCAGAAUAUCUCUAUCCUGACCCUCUGUGAAGCCACAACAGGUGUCUGCACUAAGAAACAUGAGGAUGAGAGUGAGGGCUGGUUGCACAGACAGAAUGAAGUGCCGCUGUUCUCUAAAGAUGGUCUGCGGCUGUUCUUCACCAGAGCGAUCCCACAGGGAGGACGAGGGAAGUUCUUCCACAUCUCCAUGUCCAUCUCACAGCCCAACAGCAGCACAGAUACUCUGCAGUCCAUCACAUCAGGAGACUGGGACGUCACGCAAGUGCUGGCAUAUGAUGAGGACAGCCACUUAAUAUAUUUCCUGAGCACUGAGGAUGACCCUAAACGAAGGCACCUAUACAGCGCAGACACGGUGGGCACCUUUAACCGCCGCUGUCUCUCCUGUGAUUUCACUGACAGCUGUGGUUAUGUCAGCGGCUCUUUCAGUCAUAAUAUGGACUACUUCCUGCUCAACUGUAAAGGUCCUGGAGUUCCAUAUGUGGCGGUAUACAGCACUCAUGACAGACAGAAGGUGUGUGAUAUUGAGUUGAAUCUGAACUUGAGGAGAACGGUGGACUCGAUGCAGAUGCCGCGGGUGGAAUACAGGGAGAUAAACAUAGAGGAUUACACCCUCAGUAUGCAGAUCCUGAAACCUGCAGGCUUCAUAGACACCUCACACUACCCACUUCUGCUCCUCGUAGAUGGGACUCCAGGCAGUCAGUCGGUCUCAGAGCAGUUCCACAUUGACUGGGCGUCAGUGCUGGUCAGCAGUUUUGGGGUGGUUGCAGUGCGCAUUGACGGCCGUGGAAGUGGCUUUCAGGGCACUAACUUGCUCCAUAAAGUGCAGCGCAGACUGGGGGUGUUGGAGGAGAAAGACCAGCUGGAGGCCCUCAGCAGCAUUAUGGCACAGGAGCCGUACAUUGACAAGACCAGAAUUGGAGCUUUUGGGAAGGUUUAUGGAGGUUAUAUCACCAGUCUUCUGCUCAGCUCUGAAGAGUCCGUGCUCAAGUGUGCUGCAGUGCUCUCGCCCAUCACAGAUUUUACACUAUAUGCAUCAGCUUUUUCAGAGAGAUAUCUGGGUCCUCCCAAGCCAGAUCGGAGAGCAUACGAGAUGGCCAACCUUGCGUACAGAGCAUCCCAGUUCAUCAAUAAGAAGUUUUUAAUCAUUCACCCAACCGCAGAUGAAAAAGUCCACUUUCAGCACACAGCUAAAUUCAUCUCCAGGUUAAUCAGUGAGAGAGCAAAUUACACUCUGCAGAUCUACCCAGAUGAAGGUCACUUCAUUCACAACGAGGGAACACGGCAGCACCUCAGUCAGUCUCUGGUCAACUUCUUCGAGGAGUGUUUCCGGCUCCCAGAGCUUGUGUUUGAAGAGACACUGGAGGAGGAGAGUGAAGAGGAGGGUUAGACACCCCAUCCAUGAUGCCCAACCUCAAAGCCAGCUCCUUUUGCCACAUAAUAUGCAACCCAUAGAUUUCAGUCCUUCUGUUUUCAGUUUGUUCAGUCAACGGUCCCUCCACACCUCCCGGUGUCGCAUGCUGAUUCUAAAACUCCCCUUCAGGUGCUCCUCACCAUCCAUCAACCCUCUUCAGACUGCAGCCGUGCGGUGCGGCGUGGCAUUUGGCUGGCGCUACAUCAUCCCUCUAAACCCGGCAGGCCAGUUAUGAGCUUCUGAGAAUGUUAUGAAGAAGUUUCUGGCCUGUCCAUCACGUUGACGGAUGAGAGGCUGUGAUAUUAACUGACUGCCGAGUGUGAUGGGCUUUGAAUCCCAAUCGCUGUGAAACUCACAGGAGACUGUGAACGUCUGGAAUUGCAAUAGCGAGACUGAGGGGUCAUUUGGUGUUCGAUUCAAAUAGGUAUUUGGUGUUUUGGGAAUUGCGGGGGGUUGUUGUAGGGAGAACGUGUCAUGUGUGCUUCAAUCUUCUCAUGUCAAGUUUUGCUCGUGUCUGGUGUUGCAGUGUAAAGUCGCACAUGAAAAAAAAUCACUUGGAUAUCGAUAAAACUCGUUUUCAGUGUUCAAGCGUGUCGCAGUCUUGGAAAUCUUGUAGCCUCAAGUGUGUAUUUAGAUGGUGUUCCUUCAUUGCGAAAACUUUAUCAAGCAGAAGGGGAGUAGAAACAACGAUUAUCAUUAUUAUCGUACACCAUGACAGUUUAAUACGACUGUUGUUGCCACUUCUCAGCAUGCGUUUGGUCUGUCAGUGCUGGAGAAAGCACACUAUCUUAUUUUAGUCACUGUGCCUUAUUAUGGAGGUGAACAAUCUAUAUGAGGAGCCUCCGUAUAAAUACCAUGAGUCCUUCAAGGCUUAAUGUUUGAUUGACCAUGUCUGUACUUAAAUUCUGACAUCACAAAAUGCAUUAUUGACUGUAAUAGCAUUAUGAUGACACUGUUAUUAGAAAAUUAUGUUUUGAACACUCUUUAUUUGUGCAUGUGUGAGCUAGUGUUGUUUUACCGGCAACAAAAAACAAACUCGCUCUGCGUCCCGCUUAUAGUGGCUUUCCAUCCACUAUAAGGAUCAAGUAAUGGAGCAUGAAAUUAAAAUUUAUGAUUUCAACAUUACCUCAGUAUUAAACUAAAACGUCUCUGAGGGUUUAUAAACGCAUUUUGUAUGUCAAUUUGUUGAUACAUGCUCAAAAAAAAUCUGUACAUAGAAGUAUAAUGAGUAGUGUAGAAAAAAAACUGAGAGUGUUUAAGGAAACAUUUGCCCAAAAAUGAAAAUUCACUUACUUGCAAGUCGUUCCAACCAUGUAUGACUUUUGAAUGUGCUGUGGAACACAAAAGGAGAUAUUUUGAAGAAUGUUAAUGCAGCUGUUAUCCAUUAAAUGAAAGAAUAAAGUGACCAGGGACUGUCAAGCUCCAAAAAGGACAACAAAAACCUGCACCUGGUGCUUCAUUUAUAAAGACAUUCGUAGAAUGAUCUUAAAUAUGAAAGUUCGAAAAAAGAAAAAAUUCCUUAAUGCGUAAAGUGUUAUAAAUCGCAAUUUAUUUUAAGUUAUUCAUUUUUUUCAUUAGUUCAUUCUCAUGAAAUGUCUUUGUGUGGUUGGCAAAGUUUUCUAAAAAAAAAAAAAAAAAAAAACUGAGCGCAGGUACCGGUUUCUUCCCAUAUAAUGUAGUCUAUUCAACAACUCAUUAUUAUUUAUUAAUUUUUAUUAUAAAUAAUAAAUACAUUCACUGACCGUGUUUACUAUAAAUCCACACCAUUCUUCAAUCAAUGGCUAUAUCAUUGCUAAACCUUGAUUCCAAAAAGAGGUUUUACAUAUAAUAAAACAUGCAAAGUCUACAUGGCAACCAUGUUCUGUAUAAAAUGCAUGUUCUUUUCUCACUGUUCUCUUCUGCUCGCUCUUACCAUUAAUUACGCUGCGGAUAUCCCAAAUAAAGCAUUUACAUUACGCUUACAUAAUCUAAAUAUGACCACAUUCUGACUCAUAUCGGAUUAUUCUUGUGCAUGUAAAUGUGCGCACUCAUUUAUUACAAAAUUUGCAUCACUAAAAAUAAAUAUGUCAGUGUGCACUGGCACACUGGAGUUUGAGCACAAAAAAAAUGUGUAGGCAUGCUUGUCAUUUGAUGUACAAAUAAUAGAAUUAUUAUUAUUUAUUUAUUUUUUUUCAUUUUUGGAACUCGACAGUAUCCAUCCACAUUUACCUUCAUUGUAUAGAAAAAAGCAGCAUGAAAAAUGUUCCUAACAUCUUUUUUUUUUUUUUGGAAGAACCAAAGUCAUAUGAAACAACAUGAGUGUGAGUAAAAUUUUCAUUUAUGUGAGAACUAUACCUUUAACACUUGUGAAAUACAGUACUGUGCAAACGUUUCGCAUUACAGCAGUGGCCAACUCACUGCAGUUUGCUCAUUUUCAUUAUUUAAGUCCUAAUAGUUAUUUAUGGUAUGUGUAUGGAAAUUUGUCUCAGUGCUUUGCACAGUACUGUAUAUUAACAGUUAUCGGUUGUAAUUUUUGCAUAUAAAAGCUAGUGAGGAUGAAAUGUGUUUUAUUUAGUUUGAAUGAAAUGUCCAUGUUUAAUCUUGAUGCAUUCAUAGUGCAUGUCGAAAAACCAUUUGCAACUUAAAAGCUAUUUUUUAAAACUGGUCAAAUAUGUGCAUAGUAUUUUUGACGGCUUGAAUGUUCUUUACCGACCUGCAAAUCAUUUCCGGUAGUUUCGUAAGUGAGAUCUCAGUCUUGUCUGCUUAAUGUAUAAAUGUUACUCAAAUAUCAUUUAAGUUUCUGAAUAUCUGAGUGUUUCUUGUACAUAAAGCAUCUGAAGGUGUUUUGUUCUCCUGUAUCGAGGGUAAUGAAGGUCACGUUACUAUGAACUGAAAUGUGCGCAAUGACAAAUAAUCACAUGGGACCAAGAGUAUGAUGGGAUUACCGUACAUAAGAGUAGGCAUAUUGUGACAACUGUCAGAUUACAAACUAUUUUAUCAUCACAUUUGUUAUGAUUUGUUUUAAACCUCAGUUGGAGUGAAAAAAAAAAAGGACAAAUACAUAAGUAACCAAAAUAAACUGAAAUCUUUCAUCCUU